AAUUAAAUCAAUUUAUAUAAAACAACAAAAGAUGUCAUUCCCCACUACCAACGAAGCCAAGAAGGACCAAUAUGUUGGUCAAACCAAGCAAAAUGUCGGACAAACCUUUGGCAGCGACUCACUCGAGUCUAGAGGUCAAGCUCAACAAAAUACAGGACUCAUUGAAGAAACGACUGCCAAUUUGGGUGGUCUUUUAGGUGGAACUGUCAAUACUGUCGGUGGUGUACUUCAAGGAACCCUUGGUGCUCUCGGCGGUGGCAACAACAAAUAACUUAUUUUUAUCUGUACGCAUAUACCAUCAAGUCAAUUGUAAAUAAUAAUAAAAAAAAAAAUUGCGUUUCAAUUC